AUGAGCCAACUGGACACAAGCGGGAACUGCUCGUUCAGGGACGUGGACACUGUGAUGAGGACCCUACAGCUGGCAGUGCACAUCCCCACCUUCCUCCUGGGUCUGCUCCUCAACCUGCUGGCCAUCCACGGCUUCAGCACCUUCCUGAAGAAGAGGUGGCCGGCCUAUGCUGCCACCUCCAUCUACAUGAUCAACCUGGCGGUCUUUGACCUGCUGCUAGUGCUGUCCCUCCCGUUCAAGAUGGCCUUGUCCCACGUGCGGCCCCCCUUCCCUUCCUUGUGCACGCUGGUGGAGUGUCUCUACUUCAUCAGCAUGUACGGCAGCAUCUUCACUAUCUGCUUCAUCAGCCUGGACAGGUUCCUGGCCAUCCGGUACCCACUCCUGGUCAGCCACCUCCGCUCCCCCAGGAAGAUCUUCGGGAUCUGCUGCACCAUCUGGGCCCUGGUGUGGGCCGGGAGUAUCCCUGUCUACAGCUUCCACGAGAAAGUGGAAAAGUACACGUGCUUCCACAACAUGUCUGAUGGCACCUGGAGUACCAAGGUCUUCCUCCCCCUUGAGGUGUUUGGCUUUCUUCUUCCCAUGGCCAUCAUGGCUUUCUGCUCCUCCAGGAGCGUUGGCAUUCUGCUCGGCCGUCGGAACCACACCCAGGACUGGGUCCAGCAGAGAUCCU